AACAGCUCUAUCUAUAUGAAUUUUAUGAAAGCACAUCAGUGCUAUGAUGUGAUCCCAACCAGUUCUAAGCUCGUCGUGUUUGAUACAACUUUGCAGGUAAAGAAAGCGUUCUUGGCGCUGGUCGCAAACGGUGUUAGAGCAGCUCCACUCUGGAACAGUAAGGAGCAGUGCUUCGUUGGUAUGCUAACAAUUACUGACUUCAUCAAUAUCUUACACAGAUAUUACACCUCCCCAAUGGUGCAGAUUUAUGAACUGGAGAAACAUAGGAUUGAGACUUGGAGAGAGAUUUAUUUGCAAGAUUCCUUUAAGAAACUGGUCAGUAUCUCCCCAAAUGACAGCCUAUUUGAUGCAGUUUACUCUCUAAUUCAGAAUAAAAUUCAUCGGCUUCCAGUCAUUGACCCUGUAUCUGGGAAUGUUCUCUAUAUCGUGACACACAAACGCAUCCUGAAGUACUUCUACCUCUUUGCCUCAAAGCUGCCCAAGCCGAGCUUUAUGAAGAAGACAUUACAAGAGCUUGCAAUUGGGACGUACGAGGAUAUAGCCGUGAUAGAGGAGACAUCAUCAGUUUAUGAAGCACUUGGGAUCUUUGUGGCGCGAAGAGUGUCUGCUCUUCCGGUGGUGAACAAGCUGGGUAAAGUUGUGAAUCUCUACUCACGAUUUGAUGCUAUAAAUCUCGCUGCACAGAAAACUUACAAUAACUUGGAUGUCAGUGUGAAGGAGUCACUACAGCAGCGAUGGCAUUGCUUUGAAAAUGUCCUCAAAUGUUAUGCACACGAGACACUGGAAGUCAUUAUUGAGCGUCUUGUCAAACAUGAGGUUCACCGAUUGGUAUUCGUAAAUGAGGAAGAUGUUGUGCAAGGGAUUGUCUCACUGUCUGAUAUGCUCCAAGCACUGGUCUUGUCUCCAGCAGGUAUAAAUGCUCUUGACUCCUGA